AUGUCGGAAGUAUUACACAUCGGCAAUGAUGAAUAUACUGAACGACAACCUGAGAGUAAAAGUUCUCAGCCUCAAACUAAAUGGGUGGAAGAUUCUCAGCACAAUUGCCCACCAAUCACAGCAGGCGAUACCGAAAGUGGGUUUAGAUCUCGCGAAGAAAAACCUCUGCCUGCACCGAUAUCAGAAGGAGAGACAUUGAUUUUAGCCGAGACUCCAGGUUCCACAGGAAGUAUGGAAGUCACUUUUGACUGUGAAUAUGAUCUUGAGGCAUACCUGGAAGAUUUUUCUCGUCUUACGAGGAAGGGUAAAUUCGAUGCCGCCAAAGAUCUUUUCGAAUCUUGUCCAUCGGACUUGAAAGAUCAUCCAGAAUUUGUUCUAGACUUUGUGGAUACUCUACUGAAGCAGGGUGCCUACGAGACUUUGGUGAAAUUUGCUAAAGAUAAAGACUCGACUUUGGUGAAGCAGUUGAGCGACUGUGGACAGAUUCCUAGUCAGUAUUUGCGUUCUGUGUUUGAGUUGGGAAAACGGCGUGCUUUUGGCUACCUGCUCGAUGGUGAAAUGAAAAAUGUGGAGACUGAUGAAGUCCAAUUGAAGUCACUGGCAAAUUUGAGAACCUUGAUUCAAUUCAGGUCAGUACAAUUGCUUUGUAAUAUAGUCCGGCUUGAUUCCGAACUAGUGAAGUACACAAAGCUACCAGAAGAUGCCCAUCAAGAUCCAGAAAGUAUAAUAGAUAGUUCGUUAAACUGGCACAGUUUGUACAAGCAUCUUCUCUCGACUAACAGAAUAUGGGACAUGCGAGACCUUUUCCUGGCUCUUUGUUCCAGAUAUGGAGUUGCAGAUGCCAUUACACUAUUUUUCAAAAGUCGGCAACAGGCAGCCUCCAAGAACAUUCCGAAACCAGACAAAUUAGAAUUCAGUGGCUGGUUCCAUUUUGUGUUUGACUGGACACACCGUUCCCAUGGCGACGAGUCUACAGACUUAGCCCUCCUUGACUUAUUAGUGACUAUCUCGCUUCAAUUACUAUCGCACAGCAGUCAACAUGAUCCUUCGAUCACGAAGAUCGUAAAUCAAGCCAUGGCUCAUACCAACCAGUUCGCAAUUUCGCUCAGUCUGAGCAACCCAGAGAACGUUCAAACGAGCCCCUAUUUAAAAUGGGCUUUGGCCACCCAAAGACUAGCGAGAGAACUACCGUCCAAUCCACGCCAAACUCCAGAUUAUAAGUACAUAAAGCAAUCUCAAGGGGCUGUUAUAUUCACUUCUAAUCUGCCAAUCUACGUCCCAUUAAGCCCUCAUAAUUUAACCCCCGUGCACUGGAAAAGGCAGUCUCGAAGCACACCGGAGAACUUGCUUACGCUGGGGUUAGAGAUUUCUCGUAAGAAUGGCGAUUACUCUCUGGUAGUACAAUAUUUGCAAGAAAUGUUUUACACAUCUGAGUCACCUUCAGAAGUACUAAACGAAUUGUCGCACAUACAAGCAGACAUGCAGGGAGACAAAAUCGGUUGUUUACAAACUUGUUUGACAAAAUAUCUUUUCGCGGGUGAUAAAACUGCCAUGGAAAAUCUCAGUAAUGAGCUAAAGGAGUUCGAAGAGAAGACUGAGGAGUCAGACUUCAGUUCUCGGAGAAUUGGUCCGUUAACAAGAUGGUGUCAACGAGGCAUCCAAGCCGCAUUGAACGAGCGCCUACAUGGGGAAAAAAUAUCGACAAAUUCAUACUUGAAGGAACAGGAAAAUGCAUACCAGAAGCUGCCAUAUGAUUUCAAACGUUUAUUAGCAGAAUUAGGAAAAGAAUGCGGUACUCACGAAUUUGAGUUCACUGACGAAAUGGUACCAAAGGAGUUUACAGAACCUUGCAAGGGGACAAUCUACCGAGAUGAUAAUUUUAUUAUCUGCGACUCGUCAGGUUACUUUACAAGACUUUUUGAAGAAUCAAGGCACGAGGAAGUAUUAAUUGAGAUAUGA